UGUAUCUUGUAGACCUCAGUGAGUACUGAAAUACCCUAAGUUGGUUAAUCCCCAUGGUGCUUUGUUGCUGAGAUAUUGAAUUUUUAGUCAGUUUUUGCCUCUAGAAUUAUUUAAAAUAUUGAUUUCAAAUGUUAUUAAUUAUUGCGAUAAUGAUGAAUUUAUUCGUCCACCGGAUGGUUUUGCAAGAAUUAUAUGUUCAAAUGGAAUUCAUCAUGAUUUGGAUGAGUAUACAUAUAAAGAUCAGUUAGGUAUAACAUUAAUGCCAUUAGCAAUCGUAUAUCGUUUCAAAGAUUUAUUAUCAGUUAUUUUAUCAAAUUAUAGAGCAAAUAUAAAUAAUUUAGAACUACGUAUGGGUCAUCUAUUAAGGAUGACUGUACAAAUCUGA